AUGACUUUGGCCACCACAAACCACCUUCCUCUUCCUUCAAACUCCACCAAGACCAUUCUCCAGCCCCUGUCCAACAACCGUACUAAGACACAGGUCCAAUGCAGUAAACCCAACAUUAUGAUCACCAUCCCCAACAUUAUCUCUAACCUCUUACACAUCGGCACUGCCAGAAACCCUUUUCCAGAGAACCUUUUCAUCCAAGCCAGGCAUAAUCAGACCACACCGGCUGCAUCUCCAAAAGAAAACAUAUCAUCUCUGCAAGCUGAGCUCCAUGGCAAAUCCAACUGGUCCAACCUCCUCAACCCACUCCACCCUUGGCUCCGCUGUGAACUCAUCAAGUUCGGAGAGUUAGCCCAAGGUGCCUAUGAUGGCUUCGACUACAACCCAUUCUCUGAGUACCAUGGUAGCGCUCUAUACAACAAAGACCGUUUCUUUGAAAAGCUCGGUUUAACCAGCAGUGGCUACAACAUCACCAACUACAUCUACGCCAUGUCCAACAUUGAGCUCCCACAAUGGAUAGAACGCUCUCUCCAUGCAAACACAUGGAGCAAAGACUCAAAUUGGAUGGGCUUCGUAGCGGUGAGUGACGACACUGAGUCUCGCCGUAUUGGUUGUCGUGACAUAGUUGUUGCAUGGCGCGGCACCGUCGCGACAACUGAAUGGUUUGAGAACGUACACUUGAAACUUGAAUCUAUAAAAAUUGGUGAUGAAGAAGGAAAGGCCAAGGUAGAGCAUGGAUUCCUCAGCAUCUACAAAUCAAAGAGUGAAACCACAAGGUAUAACAAGUCCAGUGCUUCAGAGCAGGCAAUUACCGAAAUCAAAAGGCUUGUAGCUAAUUACCGAAGUAAAGGUGAACAAGUGAGGCUCACUGUCACUGGCCACAGCCUCGGUGGAGCGCUAGCACUGCUCAACGGCCACGAAGCAGCUUCGACCAUUGCUGAUCUUCCAGUGAGUGUCAUCACCUUCGCAGGGCCUCGUGUGGGUAAUGAUGCAUUCGGCGACGAGCUAAGAAAGCUGAACGUCAAGGUACUACGAGUGGUAGUCAAGCAAGAUGUGGUCCCCAAGUUACCAGGAGUUUUACUAAAUGAAGGGCUUGAGAAGUUGGAAGGCAUCAUUGGAGAGCUUCAAUGGGUGUACGAACAUGUGGGAAUGGAGCUGAGCCUGGAUGUGAAAUCAUCGCCUUAUCUAAAGCAUCAUGAGCUUGAUUUGGCUGGGUUUCAUGGUUUGGAAACAUACUUGCAUCUUGUUGAUGGUUAUGUGAGUGAGGAAGAUGAGUUCAGGAAGAAUGCUAGGAGAGAUGUUGCACUGGUAAAUAAGUAUGGAGGGAUGUUGCGUGAGGAGUUGAAGGUGCCGGAAUCAUGGUAUCAGUUGGAACAUAAAGGGAUGGUGCUCAAUGCUUAUGGCCGGUGGGUGAUGCGGCAUCGAGAGCCGGAGGAUAUACCUUCGCCGGAUUGCUUGUAA